AUGUCAACGCCGGCAGAUGCAAAAGUGGAGGCCUCAUCACAGCGAGUACGUCGUCUCGUGCGAGUGUGCCACGACGCAGCGACUGGAGAUUCACGUUUCGACGACGAGGCCGAGGUGGCGAUGGUAGAGAAGAUGUUUGCGCCUCCAGCGCCGUCGCUCUUCGCCUCGGACAAGAUGCCAGUGUCGAAUUUUCUGCUGGUGGAGACGUUGCCGGGAUGGGGCGGGGACGUGGCGCACCCAACUCCAGCGAAGCAGUAUUGCAUGUGUCUGAGAGGCGGGUGCAGGAUAACGGUCAGCGACGGAGAGUCGCGCGAGUUCGGCGUGGGUGACGUGUGGUUGCUCGAUGACACGGAAGGCAAGGGCCACGUCACCCACACGCCGACCGAGAGUUUGUUUGCUAUGGUUCAAGUCUGA